AGACGAGGCAUGUCUUUCUAUUUAACUUCUUCCAUAGUAUCAUCAUUCGCACUACCCUAGCUAGCUCCUAAAACCAUAUGGCUCCACCCCACUUUCUCCUCAUAGCGUUCCCGAGCCGCGGCGCUAUAAACCCGGCCCUCCAGCUAGCCGAGCGCCUCACUCAUGCUGGCAGCCGUGUUACUUUCUUCACCACGGUGUCCGCCCACCGCCGCAUGAUCGAACCAGUUUGCCUUGAUGGUGUAACCUUCGCCACGUUCUCCGAUGGCUACGACAAUGGGUACGAACUAGGGGAUGAUGUCGAUCACUUCAUGGCCGAGCUGAAGCGGCGGGGGUCGGAAGCUCUUAGAGGCCUCAUCGAGUAUAGUUCUGGACGAGGCCUCAGGUUCACGUGCGCACUCCACACGAUGAUCCGCUGGGCCGACGAGGUUGCUCGUUCCUUUCAGAUCCAGUCUGUUCUCGUUUGGAUUCAACCGGCGACCGUGUUUGGCAUAUACUACCAUUACUUCAAUGGCUAUGAGGACGUGAUUAAGAGCGUUACAAGCCAAAGCUGUGAUACGACAUCGCUAAUCCGAUUGCCCGGCCUACCACCACUAACCGACCGCGAUCUCCCCUCCUUUUUCAACCCCGACAACAAGUAUGCUUUUGGUCUCCCGCAUAUGCAAAGCCAAUUCAAGCAGCUAAAAGAAGGGGGAAAUCCAAACAUGGUACUUUUGAACACCUUUGAUAUGCUCGAACUCGAGGUAUUAAGGGCAAUUGGUACACUGAAUUUGGUUGGAAUUGGGCCCCUUGUCCCGUUUCGUUUCCUAGAUGCGCAGGAUCGUAAUUCUUCCGAUGAAUCUUCCAGAGGCGACCACUUUCAGGGCUCCAAGGAGUAUGUUCAAUGGUUGAAUACAAAGAAGGAAGCGUCGGUAAUUUAUGUAGCCUUUGGAAGCAUAGCGAAGUUCUCGAAGGCGCAAAAGCUAGAAAUAGCGCACGGAUUGCUAGAGACCGGCCGGCCAUUCUUGUGGGUGGUGAGAAAGACUGUUGGAGAUGAUGAUGAACUCAUUUACAAAGAGGAAUUAGACAAGAGAGGAAUGAUAAUCCCAUGGUGCUCUCAAAUGGAGGUCUUGUCGCAUCGUUCAAUAGGGUGUUUCUUCACUCAUUGCGGGUGGAACUCGACGCUCGAGAGCUUGGCAUGUGGUGUCCCGAUGGUGGCAUUCCCUCAAUUUACUGACCAGAUGACGAACUCAAAGCUUGUCGAGGAUGUGUGGAAGGUUGGGGUUCGAGUGUCCGAGAUCAACGAAGAUGGCAUCAUCGUCAAGGGAGGUGAAAUCAAGAAGUGCUUGGAAUUGGUCAUGGGAAGUGGAGAGAGAGGUAAUGGAAUAAGAAGGAAUGCAAGGAAGUGGAAGAAUUUAGCCAUGGAGGCUUCCAAGGAAGGUGGAUCUUCGGACAAAAAUCUAAGGGCCUUUGUUGAAGAAUUCUCUAAAGUAGAUUAGUUUAUGGUACAAUGCUCUAUGUUAGCUUGAAUUCAAAGGUAGCUAGAGACUAUGUUCGUAUUGUUCUAUAAAUAUGCAUGAAUCUUUGAAAGUUGCACUAAGUUCCUCUUUU